AUGGAUUAUAAUCGAUUUUUAAUAACAAAAAAAGAAAAAAAAUCGAUAAUAAUUAGAUUUAUACGAAUAAAUAAGAAAUCUUGUUUUAUUUUAAGAGUAUUAAUUGAACAAACCGAACCUGAUUGUGUUCUCGUUCUUACAUCUACUCGAUAUUUUAUUGCUUGUUAUGAUGAAACAUUUCAAAAAGUUGUUUCAUUUAAAGAAACUCCAUUAACAUCUAUAAAUAGUAUUGAAGUGGGUGAAAAUCCUUUAUCACCACCAGGUAGUUCAUGGACACUACGUAUUCAUUUUACGAAAGAAGAACAAACAACUGGUUAUUAUCAUCAAUUUCGUGGUACCAAUGUUCAAGUUUUUAAUACAACAGUUAUGUUUCUUAAAGAUAUUGAACAAAUUAAUGAUUAUAUGAGAACAAUUGGUCAAAUGAUUGUAUCAAUUGUUAAUGCUUUUGUAGAAAAAUCACUUGAACUCAAAGAAAAAAAAUUAAAUAGAAUGAACAGUUUACCAGAUGAUGUUGAACCAUUUCAAAAACGAAUGAGUUUUUCUGCAACAGAUAUGCCACCACUUGCUACAAUAAGUGAUGUUAAAACAUCAAAUAGUAAAGCAACAAUUAAUAAAAUAAAAGAUUUUGGUUCACGAUUCUCAUCGAUGGUUUCUCGACAAGCAGUUCCUACAAUUAACAAAUUAACAACACAAGCAAAACAAUUACCAAUAAAUGAAAAAGUAACAUCAUUAUUAAAAGUUAUUGGUGAAAGUCCAUCAUUAAUUCUAUCUGGUACAAUAAAAAUUGAAGGAGAUAAUGAUCGUGCAUCACCAACAUUUGAAAAUAAUAGAAAAAAAAUAUUACAAGAAAAAUUUGAUGAACGAAAAAAAGAUUUAUCUUCUAUACAAUGUCAAACAAAAUGUUUUCUUUUGUCUUCUCCUGAUCUCACUCUCAUUUAUACACCUAAUAAUGAACAGAAAUAA